GGCACUGGGUUGUCACCGGGCACGGGCACGGGCGGGGGCGCGCCCGGGAGCAGAGGCAGAUCGUUGCAGUGAGCGGCUGCGCCGUGACCGAGACGGGUUCCCGAUGAACACCAUCAGACAAGUGCCGGCCAAGGUUCUGCACCGCCGCUCGGUGCACAGUUUGGAAGCGGAGCGGGAGCAGUUUGACAGGCAGCAGGCUGCCAGUAUCAGCAAAGCUAUUAACAGCCAGGAGGUACCUGUCAAAGAAAAGCAUGCACGCAGAAUUAUAUUGGGAACACACCAUGAGAAAGGAGCAUUUACCUUCUGGUCCUAUGCUAUUGGUCUUCCAUUAUCCAGCAGUUCCAUCAUGAGCUGGAAGUUCUGCCAUGUUCUACACAAAGUUUUGAGAGAUGGACAUCCAAAUGUCCUUCAGGACUUCAGCAGGCACAAAAGUAACAUCCGUGAAAUGGGAAAUUUAUGGGGUCAUAUGCAUGAUCGGUAUGGACAGUUGGCAAGUGUCUACGUCAAACUUCUCAGCACUAAGAUCGAUUUUCAUAAAAAGCAUUCUGAGUUCCCACCAAAUCUGGAAGUGACUGAUGAAGCACUGGAUAAAGCUUCUGGCACGGAUGUAAACAAUAUCUUCCAGCUCACGGUAGAAAUGUUUGACUAUAUGGACUGUGAACUGAAAGUCGCUGAAUCUGUAUUCAGGUCACUGGAUACUUCUUACGCAGUAUCACAGACACCAUCUGGUCAGUGCCGACUGGCUCCUCUCAUUCAGGUCAUCCAAGACUGCAGCCACCUGUAUCACUACACUGUAAAGCUAAUGUUCAAACUCCAUUCAUGUCUGCCAGCAGACACUUUGCAAGGACAUAGGGACCGAUUCUAUGAUGAAUUUCACAGCCUAAAAAGUUUCUUUAGCCGAUCUCGUGACAUGUUGUAUUUCAAACGUCUCAUCCAGAUCCCAAAAUUGCCCGAGAGUCCUCCAAAUUUUUUGAGAGCUUCUGCCCUGGCAGAGCAUGUGAAACCAGUGGUGAUUAUUCCUGAUGAAGCCCCAGCAGAUGACAUCGAGGAAUCGGAAAGCCUUAUAGAGGUUUCUGCCGCUCCUGUGAUUGAAUCCCAGAAUUUGGUGGAUGUGGACAUUUUCGAUGCUGCUUUUGGUCCUCCGACUAAUAAUGGUUUUGUGAAAGAUGAUCGAGACCUUCAAAUUGACAACCUGAAGAAAGAGGUGGAACUGCUGAAAGUUGAGCUAGAAAGAGUAAAGUCUGAGGCCCAGAAGUACAUCGCACAAUUGAAGGCCCAGAUUAACGUGCUGGAGACAGAGCUGGAAGAAACACGCAAGCUGAAACAGAAGGCAUUGGUCGAUAAUGAAGAGCUGCGGGAUGAGCUGGAAAACUUGCGGAAGCAGAAGGGUGACGCAGAUAAAACGCAGUUCUUGCUGAUUGAGGCAGAGAAGAAAGUCCAGGCGAAUGAGCAGCGCUACAACAAACUAAAAGAAAAGCACAGUGAUCUUGUCAACACUCACGCAGAACUCCUCAGAAAGAGUGCUGAGACAACUAAGCAGUUGACAGUUACACAGCAGACUCGAGAGGAAGUGGCCCGCACAAAACAAGAGCUUGAAUUUGCCAUGGAAGAAGCCAAAAGGGAAGCAGAGAUGAAGCUGGAGGACCAGAGCUUUAUAAUGGAACAACUGAAAAGGGAACUGGAGGCAAAAAAGGAAGAGCUGGCUACCAUCCAGGGCUCACUGCGGAACUCUGAGCAGGCAGGCACUGAGAUGAAUUCCAGACUGCAGGGCCUUGAGGCAGAGAAGGACAAUCUGAGGAAGACUGUGGCUGAGAAGGAGGCUGAAGCAUACUCGCUGAAGAACAUGAUUCAGGAGAGGGAGAUGGUGAUGCGCACUGAGAAGGACAAGGCCUCGAGGGAGCUGGAAGAACUCCAGGGAAAAUUUAUGGAGAAGGCAAACCGAGAGCAGCUGCUUCAGCAGAAACUUCUAGACGAACAGUUCCACAUGGUCCAGGGGACAGUGACUGAAGCUGAGAGCAUCAUUCAAGAUGCUGUCGCAAAACUUGAUGAUCCGCUGCACAUUCGAUGCACCAGUUCGCCAGAUUACCUAAUCAACAGGGCAGAGGCAGCCUUGGAAUCGGUGAACUUGAUGCAACAAGGACACUCUCAGUACCUAAAGAACAUGGCAGAUGCCAGCAGCCUCUUGCAGGCAUUGACCAGAUUCGCACAUUUGGCUGCUGACACCAUAGUAAAUGGCAGUGCCACUUCACACCUGGCGCCCACUGAUCACGCUGACAGACUGACAGACAGCUGCAGAGAGUGUGGGAAGGAGAGCCUACGCUAUUUGGGUGAAUUGAAGGAUAAGCAAUCAGUUGCCCGUGCAGACCCUGUUGAUGUGAGGAAUGUGAUUCAGAGCAUUCUUGAUCUUGGCAAGGAAUUGAGGCCCAAAAGCAUUGAUGUCAGACAGGAGGAGCUUGGUGACAUGGUGGAUAAAGAGAUGGCAGCAACAUCUGCAGCCAUUGAAGAUGCAGUAAAGAGGAUUGAGGAAAUGAUGAAGCAAGCCCGACAAGGAAGCUCUGGGAUUAAACUUGAAGUUAAUGAAAGAAUUUUAAACUCUUGCACCAGUCUUAUGAAGGCAAUAAGGCAAUUGGUGAUGGCCUCAACAAGCUUGCAGAAGGAGAUUGUGGAAAGUGGAAGGGGAGCAGCAUCUCCAAAAGAAUUCUAUGCAAAGAAUUCCCGCUGGACGGAAGGCCUAAUCUCUGCCUCCAAAGCUGUGGGAUGGGGUGCCACACAGUUGGUAGAUUCAGCUGAUAAAGUCGUCCUCAAGACCGGGAAGUAUGAAGAAUUGAUUGUUUGCUCACACGAGGUUGCAGCCAGCACAGCACAGCUUGUAGCUGCAUCAAAGGUGAAAGCAGACCGGAGCAGCAGAAACCUGUCCCGACUGCAACAAGCCUCCAGGCACGUGAAUGAAAUGGCUGCCAAUGUAGUGGCAUCAACAAAAUCAGGACAGGAACAGAUUGAAGAUAAAGAUACUAUGGAUUUUUCUGGAAUGUCAAGGAUUAAACUUAAAAAGCAGGAGAUUGAAACACAGGUGAAAGUACUGGAGUUGGAAAAUAAACUGGAGCAGGAGCGAAUGAAGCUUGGUGAUCUCAGGAAGAAACAUUACGAGCUGGGAGGACCACAUGAAAUAUUAGAGGAUGAGAAGCUACCUUCAAAACCUGAAAUUUCAAAGAAGCCACCACUUUCUCAAAAGCCAACCAUCCCACCCAAAAAAGAUCCUCAGUUAAAUGCAUCCGAACUGGCCUACAUUUCUCAUUUACGGAACUCCCAAUAAACGAGGUGGCUACAGUAUAUUGGAACAGGGAACAAGGCGCCCUGCAUUCUUUACAGUUCAAGCCCAUUGGAUGGCAGUGUUACAUUCCAUAAACUUGCUCAUUUUACCAUAUUGUUUUGUUGUGUCCCCUACAAAUUGAAAUAAUGAAAAGCAAAUUAUAGGAGCUAAUUUCACAUAAAUAUGCAUGUUUUCAAAUUGGUCAUGCAGGAUGAAAUGGAAGAUUACUGGUUGAAAUAACCAUCCAUUUUAACCUUUAAAAUCAGUCCUUCAAGAAAUCAGACCUACUGUUUUUUGAUAGAAAGAUUGUUAGGUGCACUGUACAUUUGCUACUGGGCCAGAAUAUUUGUGUAGUUGCUGGAAAGCACCAGCAACCUAAAGAUUAAGUAGCUUCAAAAGCUUUGUACAUACUUUUAACUUGAUUAAUUUCUAAGAAAUCUAAAUCUAAGGUAUUUUGUAUGUAUGUGGAAAUUUUAAUAGCUGGUGUAUUUAUUAGCAAUAGAAAAUUUGCCCUAUGAACAGUUAUCUUCAGCUGUAUUUUGAGAACUUAUGAAUUUUAAUGUAAAAUUUGAAAUAAACUGAGUAAAUGUA